UACUCGUAUGUGUUUUGGUCAGCCAGCUGCGAGGACCACCUUCAUCUUUUUCUCUCUCCUCUUUCUCUUUCUCUUUCUCUUUCUCUCUCACACAUACUUUCGUCUUCUUCAUCUUCCCCCUUUUGCCUAAUCUUCUUCUUCACCUUUUUCAGUCUUCAGAUCUCUCUCCUCUGUUUUUAGGUUUCCAAAGAUCCGGCGUCAUCAUCUUCUUCCAUUUAUUCUUAUUUUAUUCUUAUUUAAUUUGAUUGCCGGUGUCGCCGACUUCUGAUUUCAAGCCACCAAAUGUGGAGAUCUCGUGUAUAAUCACUGCUCCUGAUUUGUUGAUAUUGGAUGAUUUGCAGCUGAAAGUGUAUUCCUGAGAAGUUGGAGUAGUAACUGGUACACAGGGAAAAAAAUUCUAGAAUUAAGUAGAGGGUAGCAGGAAAUGGAAGAGGUGGGAACACAAGUGGCUUCCCCUUUAUUUAUACACCAGAACAUAGGCGGUAGGUUUUGUGAGGGGGCAUUGAUUGGUGCCAAACGUGGUCUUUGUUAUAACUCUGGUACUAAUCAUCACCAACAACAGCAGCAUUCUCAAAACCAUCGUUCCGGACAUGGAUGGAAUCCCAAGGAUUGGGAAUGGGAUAGUUCCCACUUUGUAGCUAGAAAUAAACCAAUUGAAGCUAGUCAGCGAGUUAAUCCUAUUUUGAGCAGCUCGUUUACUUCAAAGAGCAGCAGCCGUGUUGAUGACCAACAAGAACAAGAUGGCGGUGGUAGUCUUCGUUUACAGCUAGGUGGGGUAGGAGACAGUAAUGUAACAGGAACUAGUAUCAACAAAGUCCAAAGCUCAAACUCAACUGAUGAUCCAGCUUCCUCUUCAAGGCCUAACAAGAAGGUGCGGUCUGGAUCUCCAGGCACUGGUGGGAACCAUCCCAUGUGUCAGGUGGAUAAUUGUACUGAAGAUCUAUCCAAAUCCAAGGAUUAUCACAGACGUCACAAGGUUUGCGAGUUCCACAGCAAAUCCACCAAAGCACUAGUAGGCAAGCAGAUGCAGAGGUUCUGCCAGCAGUGUAGCAGGUUCCAUCCACUUGCAGAAUUUGACGAAGGUAAAAGAAGUUGUCGAAGAAGACUAGCUGGACAUAAUAAAAGGAGAAGGAAAACUCAGGCGGAGGACACCCCAUCACCGCCCAUACAACCUACUAAGACUGCCUAUGGAAAUUUGGAUAUUGUCAACUUGUUGACAGUUUUAGCACGUGGGCAAGGUAAUGCUGAACAGAAUGUUUCAACUUGCCCAUCAUUACCUGACAAAAAUCAGCUUAUUCAAAUACUGAGUAAGAUGAAUACGUUACCUAUGCCCAUGGACAUUGCAACAAAUCCUCUUGUUACACCAGGAUCAACCAAGAAUGGUUUUGAACAAGGCGCUUUGAUGGAGGUUAAUGCAGCAUCUAGAUCAACUACCGAUCUUCUUGCUGUCCUUUCAUCUACUUUGGCAGCAUCAAGUCCCAAUUCUGUGCCGUUCAUUUCUCAGAGGAGUAAUCCUGGCAGUUGCAUGGUUAAAAAUAAGUCCACUACUGGGGACAAAGAUACUGGCUCAGAUGCAUGUAAGAAGACAGCUAUAGAGUUGCAGUCAUUAGGUGGAGAAAGAAGCAGUUCAAGUUAUCAAUCUCCAACCGAGGAUUCAGACAGCCAAGUUCAGGACACUAGAAUGAACCUACCAUUGCAGCUGUUUAGUUCAUCACCCGGGGAUGAUAGUUCACCUAACCUGGUUUCCUCAAGGAGGUAUUUCUCUUCUGACAGCAGCAAUCCUACUGAAGAGAGGUCCCAUUCAUCAACUGCUCCUGUUACUAGAAAAUUGUUUCCAUUGGAAACUACCUCAGGAAGUGCUAAGCCUGCCAGAAUGUCAUUUGGCGAGGAGGCCAAUGUAAAUAUUGAAGCGACCUCUGGUUCUAGGAUGACUCUGGAUCUCUUUACUAUGGGAAAUAGGGCUGUCAGUAAUUCUUUGCAGAGCUUGCCCCACCAAGCAGGGUAUACUUCUUCGUCUGGUUCUGAUCACUCUCCACCGAGUUUCAACUCGGAUCCUCAGAAGGACCGCACAGGGCGAAUCAUUUUCAAACUGUUUGAUAAGGAUCCCAGUCAACUACCUGGAGCAUUGCGUACACAGAUCUACAAUUGGCUUUCUAACAGCCCAACAGAGAUGGAGAGUUACAUCAGACCUGGUUGUGUGGUUCUUUCAAUUUAUGUAUCAAUGUCAUCUGCUGCCUGGGAACAAUUAGAAGAGAGCUUUCUUCAACGAGUUGAGGCGUUGGUUCAGGAUCCCGAUUUUGAGUUCUGGAGAAGUGGGAGGUUUUCAGCGAACAUUGGCAGGCAGUUAGCAGUUCACAAGGAUGGAAGGAUUCGCAUUUGUAAACCUUGGAGCACAGUGAGUUCUCCAGAGUUGUUUUUAGUUUCUCCCUUGGCCGUUGUGAGUGGACAAAGCACAUCUCUUGUGCUUGGAGGCAGGAACCUGACUUCUCCGGGUACCAAGAUACAUUGCACAUAUAUGGGUGGCUACUCAUCAAAAGCAGUUUUAAGAUCAUCCGAUGAAGGAUUCACAUGUGACGAGGUUGAAUUGAGUGAUUUUAAAGUGCAUGCUGCGGCUUCUUCUGUACUAGGUCGUUGUUUUAUUGAGGUAGAGAAUGGUGUGAGAGGCAAUUGCUUUCCUGUAAUAAUAGCAGAUGCCAAAAUUUGUCAGGAGCUGAGGCUCCUUGAACGCGAGUUUUAUGAAGCAAAAGUCGGUGAUGUUGUUAUGGAAGACCAGGUCCAAUACGUUGCAAGUCCCCAUUCUCAUGAAGAAGCCCUGCACUUCUUAAACGAACUUGGAUGGCUUUUCCAGAGACAAUUAUCAUCUGAUAUUGCUGUUCAUGAUUUUAUGCUUCAUCGCUUGCAGUAUCUCCUGACAUUUUCAACUGAAAGAGAUUACUGUGCUUUGGUUAAGACACUUCUGGAUAUAUUUGUUGAAGCGGAGUCUAGAAUGGAUGGGUUAUCCGCAGAAUGUGUGGAAGCACUUGCUAAGAUGCACCUCUUGCACAGAGCAGUUAAAAGGAGCUCUAAGAAGAUGGUGGACAUGCUCAUACAUUAUUCUGCACCCUGUGGCAGUGGUGCUUCAAAGAAGUACAUCUUCCCCCCAAAUCUCAGGGGACCAGGGGGUAUCACACCUCUUCAUUUGGCUGCUUGUACAUCAGGCUCAUACGAUAUUAUUGAUGUUCUGACUGAUGACCCAAUGCAGAUUGGACUGCAUUGCUGGAAGUCCCUUGUGGAUGAUAGUGGACAAUCUCCAUAUUCUUAUGCUUUGAUGAGAAAUAACAAUGCAGUGAACAACAUAGUGGCUAGAAAGCUGAGUGACAGAAUAAACAGGCAAGUCUCAGUAACCAUUGGGAAUGAGAUUGUUGAAUCCUUUUCGGGGACUGCAGAAAUGAAGCAAAGGGCAAGCCUGAAGCUAAAUACAAAACAAAACUCUUGUUCCAAGUGUGCAAUGAUGAGUUACGGUAGAAUGCAGGGUUCCCACGGUUUUCUUCAUCGUCCCUUCAUUCAUUCAAUGCUGACCAUUGCGGCAGUAUGUGUUUGUGUCUGCUUGUUUUUCAAAAGUAUGCAUGUAAAUUCAGUUACUCCUUUCAUGUGGGACAAUGUGGAUUUUGGGGCUAUAUAGUGUCUCCAAGUGUUGUGAUAUUAUGAAGGAAGGAGUUGUGAAUGAGAUGCGACCCUCUACCUAAUGGCACAAAGGGGUGGCUGUGUUGUCCAACAAAGGCUGGUAUUCACUAUUCAAGCAGUGAAAUGCUUCUUAAUUGCAGCAGGAAAUUUGAGUGGAAAAGAAGAGUGGGGUGCUAAUUACAAAGCGAAUGUGGCCAUGCGUUUAUGCCUGUGAAAUUUUCAUGUCUCACCACCCCCUUGCACCCUUUGGAAUAAAGAAUGAGAGGAUAACUGAUGCUGCUUCAAACUUUGUUACCUUCAAGUUCCUUUGUCCAUUUAAGAUUGUGCUUAGCCUGUUCUCCUGAUGCUGAUGAAACACUUUGAGUUUUGCCAGUCGUUCACAAAAGUAAGCAAGUCUUUACGGGAAAGCACGACGUUCAUGGAAAAUGAAUGAGAAGAUAGGAGUGUUCUAUAUGCUGCUAAGUCAUAGAUUUGGGGGAACUGACGUUGAUGGAAAAGCAAUCAAGAAAAGAAAGUGAGUGCUUGUUUAUUGCUAUGUAUUAUUACUGAUUCAUUUGCUUAUUUCUUUUUGAAAUAGCAAGAGAGUAGAAUUGUCUAUAGAUGAAAGUAACUGUAAAGCUGAUGUGUAGGAUUACUAGAUAAUUUUUUGUUGUAUACCUGUCAAAGUAAUAAUAUAUAUAUUAUUAUGUAUA